AUGUCGGUGUGGCUUUGUAGGAAGGAAGCACAGAAGUUUCCAAUAUCCACUUGCUAUAAAGAAGACCAGAUUAAAGAUGUCUUAGAAUUAGUUGAUGUUGAGGAUGAAGAAACAGCUGGAGAAGUUAGUAAGAACCCGGAUCUUUCAACACUGUAUAUGUUUCAAGUAAUAUCAAAGGCAAUUGAUAUUUCUCUUGCAAAAGAAUUAAAAAAUCUUUUGUUUGGCUCUAGUCUUUGUUGCUUCAGUGAAGAAUGGAAAAUACAGAGUUUUACAUUUAAUAACAUACCACAGUUGAAAUAUGGCAUUGUGCAAAAAAAGGGUGGCCCAUGUGGAGUACUGGCUGCGGUUCAAGCUUGUGUCCUACAGCAGCUUAUCUUUGCAGACAGUAACAGGAAUAAAGACACACGGUGUCUUCAGCCUUCAGAAGCUCACAGGACCAAAUGCCUCACCAUGGCCAUUGCAGACAUACUGUGGCGCGCAGGAGGCAACGAAAAAGCAAUUGUGGCACUGCCAUCAGGAAGACAGCAGUUCACUCCCAUGGGAAAAUACAAGGCAGAUGGAAUCUUAGAAACUCUAAUACUGCAUAGUGCCACCAGAUAUGAAGACCUGAUUGUAUUUCUCCAGCAGAAUAUUCACCAGUUUGAAAUUGGUCCCUGUGGCUGCAUCCUUCUGACUGUGUCUGUCAUCUUAUCGAGAUCCAUCAAUCUGGUGCGCAAUGAUUUUGAUGUGCCUACAAACCGAUUGAUUGGCAGCCAUGGCUAUUGUACUCAGGAAUUGGUGAACCUGCUUUUGACUGGCAAAGCUGUGUCCAAUGUCUUCAACAAUGUAAUAGAGCUGGACUCUGGAAAUGGCAAUAUCACAAUUUUGAAAGGUAUCACAAGCCGCAGUGAUAUUGGGUUGCUGUCUCUCUUCGAGCACUAUGAUGUUUGUCAGGUUGGCUGUUACUUGAAGACCCCUAAAUACCCAAUCUGGUUGGUGUGCAGUGAAAGCCACUUCAGUGUGCUUUUUUGCUUGGAAAAGGAUUUAGUAGGUGACUGGAAAACAGAGAGGAGAUUUGAUCUAUAUUAUUAUGAUGGCUUGGCCAACCAGGAAGAAGAAAUACGGUUAACGAUUGACACAACUCAGAUGUGUGCUGAAGAUAAAGAAAAUGAUCUUACUCCUCCACUUGAGCACUGUAUUAGGACAAAGUGGCAAGGAGCUCUUAUUGACUGGAAUGGCACAGAACCAAUCUUGUGA